CCCCCUGCCUCUUUCUCUCUCGGCCCCCUAGGGCGGCUGAGCCCCCCAGCCUGCACCCUGCGCAAGCACAAGACCAACCGCAAGCCGAGGACGCCCUUCACCACGGCGCAGCUGCUGGCGCUGGAGCGCAAGUUCCGCCAGAAGCAGUACCUGUCUAUCGCCGAGCGCGCCGAGUUCUCCAGCUCGCUCAGCCUCACCGAGACGCAGGUGAAGAUCUGGUUCCAGAACCGCCGUGCCAAGGCCAAGAGACUGCAGGAGGCCGAGCUGGAGAAGCUGAAGAUGGCCGCCAAGCCCAUGCUGCCCCCGGCCGCCUUCGGCCUCUCCUUCCCGCUGGGCGGCCCUGCGGCCGUGGCAGCCGCGGCGGGCGCCUCGCUCUACGGUGCCUCUGGCCCCUUCCAGCGCGCUGCACUGCCUGUGGCGCCCGUGGGACUCUACACGGCCCACGUCGGCUACAGCAUGUACCACCUGACAUAGAGGGGCCCAGGGUCGCCUGCCUGUGGCACCAGCUGAUUCCUCCAGCCCCGGCCUUCUGCCAGCAGCAGAGGCCUUCCCCGGCGAGCUCCUGGAGCUCCCCUGUUCGGCACCGCCUGGCUCCUUCCCUUUAGCUCCCGCACUGCUCUGGUUUUCUCCUAGGUUGCUCCCUGACUUCACUCUCUGAAGUCUGAUCCUCUCCCAAAAGGAGUGACUGGAAGGGUCCCUUUUGUUCUAGAAUCUAGACCCAUCCCCUCCUGUUACAGAUGGGGAAACAGAGGCCAGAGAGGUUAAGAAAUGUAACCACCGGGUCCCCAGCAGAGUUAGUGGUUGGAUCAGGACUCAAGGCCACUUCUCCGGCAUCCCUGCCUCCUGUCCUGACACCAGGCAGGAAAAGCCCAGAGAAAUUCAUGUUGGAAGAUUUCGGAAAGAACCCAGUGGGAGAGAAGAGCGCCCCGGAGAGAUGGGCCCCGGGCAGGUCCUUCCAUUGGACACACAACUGCAACAGCAAACCAUUCGCUUUGGGUGGAGGGGGAGGGGGGGAUACACUGAUGCGUUACAAAGGUAGGUUGAGGGGACCUCUCUCUUACCAGUACCAGAAAAAAAAAAUUGUAUAAUAAAAAUUUAAAAUUCUGUUUCUAUUUAACAGUACAUUUGUGUGGCUCUCGAGUAUCCCUUUGGAAGGGAUUGGGUGUAAUAUACUGUAUAUUUGAAAUUUUAUUAUCAUUUAUAUUAUAGCUAUAUUUGUUAAAUAAAUUAAUUUUAAGCUACAAGAAAUGAUCUCUGUACUGA